GAUUUACCUUCUCAUAUAUUUGUGUCCAGAAGUAAAUAAAAACAGAUCAAACAAAAAGUAGUAAUAAACAAUAGUAUUGAAAUUUUGAUAUUAAUGGUGUUCAUUUUUUAAGAACUUAAGCUAUUUUUUGUCAGUGUUGUUCUUGAAAUGGCUACGGAAGAUGCAUUUGAUCAGUUUGACGAAGAAGAACAACAAGUAGAAAGUCAGUCAUUUACAAAAGCUGGUCGAAAGCGACUUUUCUCAAAAGAAUUACGUUGCAUGAUGUAUGGUUUUGGUGAUGAUGAAAAUCCAUACACUGAAAGUGUUGACAUACUUGAAGAUUUAGUAAUUGAGUUUAUCACAGAAAUGACUCAUAAUGCAAUGGAAAUUGGGCGGUCUGGACGAGUUCAAGUAGAAGAUAUUGUAUUUUUAGUGCGAAAAGAUGCAAAAAAGUAUGCUAGGGUCAAAGAAUUAUUAAUGAUGAAUGAAGAAUUGAAAAAAGCACGGAAAGCAUUUGACGAAGGAAAAUUUGCUGGUAAUGAAGUGCCAAACAACGGUAAUACUAGUAUCACUAAAUAAUGAACAACAAUUUGUUCAAUUUAUUUUUAUUUUUAUAACUCAAUAUGUACUUUCAUAUUAAGUAACAUUGGAGGCUUUACUUUUAUAAAUAACUCUUAAGUAACAUUAUUAUUAUUAUUAUUUUUUUUUUUGAUUAUGUUUUUUCUGUAAAAAAAUGACUUUCAAGAUCAAUAUACUUACUGUAUAUAAUCAAUACAUUUUUUAAUAUAACAUGUUUAAUUUACAACAAUUAUUUACUUGUUAAAAUACCUAAAUUAAUGUAAUAAUGUGUAUAAAAAUAUGUUAUGUCAAAACUGGUAACAUCAAAAAUAACUUGGUUUUUAAAUUGUUGCAUAUUAUAAUUGUGUCCAUAACAUAAUGUAGUGGCUUCAUAGUAAAAAACUAGUUAUAGUUAUUGUCAAUCAUUUAAUGUUUUUAAUCCUAUGACAGUUAUAGGUACAUCUGCACACUUGUGUUGAAAAAAACAUUUAUUUUUUAUAAAAAAAUUGUAAUUUUUCCUUACUUGGUAAUUAUAAGAAAUGGUCAGUGGCGCCGAAGUCCAUGUUUAUGUAUGGCAGGUGCCAUAUAUAUAAACAAAUAUCUGGGGGGUGGGUCCAUAGAAGAAUAAGAUGAUAAAAAUUAAUUUAGGGUAUUUGGUAUUAAAUACCAAUUUUUUCGUUGAACAGUAAACAUGAAAUAGUUCAUAAUAAUUGUUUGUAACAGGAUUCAAUUUUGAUUAGUGGGUUGUAGUGUUGAUGUUGUGGGGUGGGGUGGUUGUCGGAGAUUCUUGCCAUACAUUUAAUUUUGCACUUCGGCGCCACUGGAAAUGGUUCAUGUGGACAUGUGGUCUCUCUAACAAUUGGUUAGUAAUUAACAGUGAACCAAACCCAUAUUGCUUAUUGUUACCCAACAGUUAAAUAUGAAGGUGUUUUGUGUUAAAAAUAUUAUAAUCAGAAUUUCAGAAUAUUAAAAUAUUUGUAUAAAUAUAAUAACAAUACUACUGUACGCA